AUGGAGAACAGAAUAUCCAUCAGAAAAAGGUUAAAGUUGAUCACGGAUUCUACGUCAUCGGAAGCUUCACCAGCUUCAGAAAAAUUGAUCACCGAUUCUGCUUCAUCGGAGACCUCACUAGCUUCCUCGGAAGUCAUUGCUAGCAACGUUGAUCUCCUUUCAGAGAUCCUCUUACGUCUUCCUCCCAAAUCCCUACUAAGAUUCAUGUCUGUCUCGAAAAAUUGGCUCGAUCUAAUCUCCGAUUCUCAGUUUGGCUCCAAGCACGCUCGCCGAAAUCGCUAUCGCUCUGUCUCUGGCUUAUUCUUCUACAACCAUUGUUGGUCUAGAAAUGAACAAGUUAAGUCUGUCGCGCUUCUCGGCCAAUCAAGCCUCCCCACACCCUACUUCAUCGAAUGUAGAAGAGUUAGGAUUGUAAGCUCUUGCAAUGGAUUAAUCUUGUGCGACAUUGAUUGCUUUAUUAACAAUCGCAAGACAACAUGUUACGUUGUUUGUAAUCUCACCAACCAGGAAUUCACUAGACUUCCUGAACAUGGUGAUAGUCAACCACCUGCUUACUUGGCUUUUGAUCCUUCACAAUCACCUCAUUACAAAGUUGUUUUGUAUAAUUACUCUCCCCCUUCUUAUCAAUUCGAUAUCUACUCUUCAGAGAGUAAGUAUUGGAGGCAUAUUACUGUCGAUGCACUACCUGUUAAGCGGCUCGAAGGGGUCUUUUGGAACGGAGCAAUCCACUGGUUAAGUAAUGACCAUCACAUCAGAUUUGAUGUUGGUUCAGAGGAGCUGAUACAAAUUCCAAAUCCCAUUGCUCCUAAAAUUCUUUCUGUGGACAAGGCUAGAUAUUUUGGAGAAUGUGAUGAUCAUUUGAUUCUUAUUCAGAUGCGAUUGCGCUCUGCUAUGGGAUUCAGAAUCCUUCAGAUGGAAAGGGACUCGUUCCGUUGGAUUGUGAAGUGUCGCGUCAAUCUUAGACCCUUAAUUUCUAUCUUCCCUGAGAUAAAUAACACAAGCAAAGACUACAAAUUUCACGUCCUAUGUGUUGUGAAGGGAGUAAAUAAAAAUGAGUUGGGACUGGUGUUAGCUACUGCGGGCAAAGUUAUUUAUUAUAAUCUCAAGUGCAAGACAUUGAAGGUGCUUCGUGAUGAUUUUCCCAAAGAAUCAAGACAUUAUCAUAUUGUUCAAGUUUUUAGGGUUAAAGUUGAUAUCUUUGCUAAGUUACCGAGGGUUGGAAUCCUGUUGUUACUUUAUCUGAACAUCAUGAAGAUCAAUUGCAACAUGGUAGCAAAGAUGUUGGCUGUUGAUGAUGUCGAUGAUGUUGAUGAAGAUGUUGGCUGUUGA